AUGAGUCAAGUCAUGAUGAUAGUCCGAAUUGGCUCUCUCAUUACACAUACUCAGGGUCAUCCCAAUACCUGUGGUCCUUUCAUGAUGCUCGACGCAGAUCGGCGCAAAUCAGCCCAUGCUAUCCUCGGUAUUCCCAAGCUACCUCCCCGCAAUUCGGAGUAA